AUGGAUCAAGGGAGACAAGUGUUCACAGUAGAUCUUCUCGAGAGAUAUGCGGCAAAAGGCCGCGGCGUGAUUACGUGUAUGGCAGCUGGAAAUGAUGUGAUUGUGCUUGGAACAAGUAAAGGUUGGAUUAUCAGACAUGAUUUCGGCGUCGGAGAUUCUAGUGAAAUCGAUCUCUCUGCGGGCCGACCCGGGGAGCAAUCAAUCCAUAGAGUUUUUGUUGAUCCUGGGGGCAGCCACUGUAUUGCUACUGUGGCGGGCAGUGUUGGUGCUGAUACAUUCUACACUCAUGCAAAGUGGACCAAACCUCGUGUGUUAAGCAGAUUGAAAAGUCUAGUUGUCAAUGCUGUUGCCUGGAAUAGGCAACAGAUAACUGAAGCUUCUACAAAGGAAGUCAUUCUUGGUACAGAGAAUGGUCAACUGUAUGAAAUUGCUGUAGAUGAGAAGGACAAGAAGGAAAAGUAUAUAAAGCCUUUAUUUGAAUUAGCUGAACUUCCAGAAGCUAUCAUGGGUUUGCAGAUGGAAACAGCUAUCUUGAGCAAUGGAUCUAGAUAUUAUGUGAUGGCUGUUACUCCCACAAGACUUUAUUCUUUCACUGGAGUUGGAUCACUAGAAACAAUUUUUGCCAGUUACUUGAACCGUGCUGUGCAUUUCAUGGAACUUCCUGGUGAAAUACCAAACAGUGAUUUGCAUUUCUUUAUGAAGCAAAAAAGAGCUGUUCAUUUCGCAUGGCUUUCUGGAGCUGGCAUCUACCAUGGCAGCCUAAAUUUUGGAUCACAGCGUAGUUCUCCAAAUGGCGAUGAAAACUUUGUGGAGAACAAGGCUCUCCUGGACUAUGCAAAGUUGUCUAAUGGUGCAGAAGUAGUCAAACCCAGUUCCAUGGCAGUGUCCGAAUUUCACUUUUUGCUUCUUAUUGGGAAUAAGGUUAAGGUUGUAAAUAGAAUUAGCGAGCAAAUCAUAGAAGAACUUCAGUUUGAUCAGGUUUCAGACUCUUCUUCAAGAGGAAUUAUUGGACUAUGUAGUGAUGCAACUGCAGGGUUGUUCUAUGCGUAUGACCAGAACUCUAUCUUUCAGGUUUCUGUGAAUGAUGAAGGUCGAGAUAUGUGGAAGGUCUAUCUAGAUAUGAAAGAGUAUGCUGCAGCUUUAGCCAAUUCUCGUGAUCCACUCCAGAAAGACCAAGUAUAUUUAGUUCAGGCUGAAGCUGCAUUCAGCUCCAGGGACUUCCUCAGGGCAGCAUCCUUUUAUGCAAAAAUUAACUAUAUAUUAUCCUUUGAGGAGAUCACUUUGAAGUUUAUCAGUGUCAAUGAACAGGAUGCUUUGAGAACCUUUUUGUUAAGGAAGCUUGACAAUCUUUCAAAGGACGAAAAAUGCCAAAUAACAAUGAUCUCCACAUGGGUGACAGAACUGUACCUGGACAAGAUAAAUCGCCUUCUUUUAGAAGAUGAUACAGCUUUGGUGAAUCGUAAUUCUGAAUAUCAGUCUAUCAUUAAAGAGUUUCGUGCUUUCCUUAGUGACUGCAAAGAUGUUUUGGAUGAAGUGACUACAAUGAGACUUCUAGAGAGCUAUGGGAGGGUUGAAGAAUUAGUAUUUUUUGCUAGUCUGAAGGAACAGCAUGGGAUUGUUAUUCAUUACCAUAUUCAGCAAGGGGAAGCAAAGAAGGCAUUGGAAGUUCUUCGAAAACCUGCUGUUCCAGUAGAUCUUCAGUACAAGUUUGCCCCAGAUCUUAUUACUCUCGAUGCUUAUGAGACUGUCGAGUCGUGGAUGGCCUCAAACAACCUGAACCCAAGGAAACUUAUUCCUGCAAUGAUGCGUUAUUCAAGUGAACCACAUGCAAAGAAUGAAACCCAUGAAGUAAUUAAAUACUUGGAAUUCUGUGUUCAUCAUUUGCAUAAUGAGGAUCCAGGAAUCCACAAUUUGUUGCUCUCUUUGUAUGCUAAGCAGGAAGAUGAUAGUUCCCUUUUACGUUUCCUACAAUGCAAAUUCGGAAAAGGGCAAGAGAACGGGCCUGAUUUCUUUUAUGACCCUAAGUAUGCCCUGCGCCUCUGCCUCAAGGAAAAACGGAUGCGUGCCUGCGUUCAUAUAUAUAGCAUGAUGGCAAUGCAUGAGGAAGCUGUUGCUCUUGCUCUGCAGAUUGAUCCAGAGCUAGCAAUGGCUGAAGCUGACAAGGUUGAAGAUGAUGAAGACUUGAGAAAGAAGCUUUGGCUGAUGGUUGCCAAGCAUGUUAUUGAGCAGGAAAAGGGAACUAAAAGGGAGAAUAUAAGAAAGGCAAUAGCAUUUCUCAAGGAAACAGAUGGCCUACUAAAGAUUGAGGACAUAUUGCCAUUCUUUCCCGACUUUGCUUUAAUUGAUGACUUCAAGGAGGCAAUUUGCUCCUCACUGGAUGAUUACAACAAGCAAAUUGAGCAAUUGAAGCAGGAGAUGAAUGAUGCAACACAUGGUGCAGACAACAUUAGAAAUGAUAUUAGUGCAUUAGCUCAGAGAUAUGUUGUGGUUGACCGUGACGAGGAUUGUGGGGUCUGUAGGCGUAAAAUUUUGGCUAUUGGCGGGGAUUACAGAAUGGCUAGCGGAUAUACUGCUGUAGGAACAAUGACUCCUUUCUAUGUCUUUCCCUGUGGACAUGCUUUUCACGCCCACUGCCUGAUUGCACACGUGACACGUUGCACCAAUGAAUCUCAAGCAGAAUACAUACUGGAUUUGCACAAGCAACUAACUUUACUUAGUGGCGAAGUCCGAAGGGAAUCGAAUGGUGGUAUGACAAACGAAGCCAUUACUAGUGUCAGCCCUACUGAUAAACUCCGAUCCCAGUUAGAUGAUGCAGUGGCCAGUGAAUGCCCAUUUUGUGGCGAAUUAAUGAUCCGUGAAAUCUCUUUGCCUUUCAUCAUGCCGGAGGAAGCCCGGCAGGUUAAUUCAUGGGAGAUAAAACCGCAGAACCUCGGAAACCAAAGAAGCUUUUCUUUGCCUGUAUGAUUGGAUUAUGCAUGUCCACCGACCCAUUCCGGUCCAUCCGCACCGUGCCGUCCUAGGGCCGGUUAUGUGGUUUUCUAGCCUUCUCAGCAUCACUUGAGCCUGAAUGGUUGCUUAUUUCAUGCAAUUUAUUCGUAUUGUUCCCUUUUCUUUUCCUUUUCCUUUUUCUAUUUAUUGUAUCGUUUGCAUUUCCUCCCAUGCCUCUUUGUUUUCUGUUUUUCUUUUUGUGUUCCAAGUUUGGGGUUUUUUUUAUGUAAUCAACCAAUCUUUUGUUACUUGGAAAUGGAUCGUGUAAUCUGUUUAUUUAUGUUUCUUUCCUCA